AUGAUUCCGCUAAAGAAAAAUGAGGAAACAAAUUUUAUGGAUAAAUAUUUGGAAAGAAAAGCUUAUGCGUUUACAUCUAUCCAUAAAGCAUCUUGUCUAUUAGAUCCAAAGGCGCAAGGUUGCUAUUUAAUUGCUGAAGAACAACUCGAUGCCAUUAAACACUUAGUUAGCUUCGCAAGAAGUUCACAUUUCUCAGUUGAUGCCAUUUCUCAAAUAAUUGAUCAUGAACAAUUGCUUGUUGAAAUUUUCAAUUAUAGAGCGCACGAAGGUAUGUGGGCGAAAGAUUUUAUUUGGACUGCUAGCUUCGCAAGAAGUUCAUAUUUCUCAGUUGAUUCCAUUUCUCAAAUAAUUGAUCAUGAACAAUUGCUUAUUGAAGUUUCCAAUUAUAGAGCGCACGAAGGUAUGUGGGCGAAAAAUUUUAUUUAG